CGAGGGGGCCGGGCGGGGGCGGGGCCGGCUUCACCCGGAAUGAAAACAAACGGCGGCCUCUGCGGCAUCCGGGCACUCAGCAGGUCGCUGCUGGCGCGGCGGUGGCGCAGGAUGGCGCAGAAGAAAUAUCUUCAAGCAAAAUUGACCCAGUUUCUAAGGGAAGACAGAAUUCAACUUUGGAAACCACCAUAUACUGAUGAAAAUAAAGAAGUUGGUUUGGCCUUGAAGGACCUUGCUAAGAAGUACUCUGACCGACUAGAGUGCUGUGAAAAUGAAGUGGAAAACAUAAUAGAAGAGAUCCGUUGCAAAGCCAUUGAGCGUGGCACAGGAAAUGAACAUUACCGAACAACCGGGAUUGCCACGAUUGAGGUGUUUCUGCCUCCAAGACUCAGGAAAGACAAGAAAAGCUUGUUGGAGACCCACUUGCAUGUCACUGGUAGAGACCUGAGAUCUAAAAUAGCUGAAACUUUUGGAUUUCAAGAAAAUUACAUCAAGAUUGUAAUAAAUAAGAAACAACUUCAACUAGGGAAAAGCCUUGAAGAACAAGGAGUGACUCACAAUGUAAAGGCCAUGGUGCUAGAACUGAAACAGUCUGAAGAGGAUGUGAGGAAAAACUUGCAGGUAGAGGAAGAGGAACAGAAUGAAGCAGAACUGAAGGAGAAACGCAUUCAGAGGACCAAAAGGGGACUGGAGAUUCUGGCAGAGAGAGCUGAGAUGGUAGAUCCGGAAACCAUGCCUUACUUAGACAUCGCAAACCAGACAGGCAGGUCAAUCAGAAUUCCUCCUGCCGAAAGAAAAGCCCUUAUGUUAGCUAUGGGAUACCAUGAGAAGGGCAGAGCUUUCCUGAAGAGGAAAGAGUAUGGAAUAGCCUUGCCGUGCCUUCUGGAUGCUGACAGGUAUUUCUGUGAGUGCAAAGAGCUGCUGGACACUGUGGACAACUACGCGGUUCUCCAGCUGGAUAUUGUGUGGUGCUACUUCCGCCUGGAACAACUGGAGUGCCUGGAUGAUGCAGAGAAGAAGCUGAACUUGGCCCAGAAGUGCUUUAAAAACUGUUAUGGAGAGAAUCACCAGAGACUGGUCCACAUAAAAGGAAAUUGUGGGAAAGAGAAAGUGUUGUUUUUAAGACUCUACCUGCUUCAGGGGAUUCGGAACUAUCACAGUGGAAAUGGAGAGGAGGCUCGGGAAUAUCUCAACAAGGCGCGCCAGCUCUUUAAAGAGCUGUACAUUGAUCCAUCAAAAGUUCACAACUUGCUGCAGUUGGGGUUCACUGCCCAGGAAGCCCGGCUCGGCCUGCGGGCUUGUGAUGGGAACGUGGACCAUGCAGCCAUUCAUAUUUCCAACCGCAGAGAGGAACUGGCCCAAAUAAGGAAGGAGGAGAAGGAGAAGAGGAGACGCCGCCUGGAAAAUAUCAAGUCCUUGAAAGGAAUGGGCUACUCCACACAUGCUGCCAAACAGGCCCUUCACCAGGCCAGAGGCAACCUGGACGACGCCCUGAAGAUUCUCCUCAGUAACCCCCACAUGUGGUGGUUACAGGACUCAGACUCUGAAAACAGCAGCCGUCAAGCAAGUCCUUCCCAGGAAAGCAUCGACCAACUGGUGUACAUGGGUUUCGACACAAUGGUAGCUGAAGCAGCGCUAAGGGUAUUUGGAGGCAAUGUCCAGGUAGCAGCUCAAACCCUUGCGCACCAUGGAGGAAGCCUUCCUCCAGACCUGCAGUUCUCAGGAGAGGACUCCUCCUCCACAGCGUCCACAUCCCCGUCUGACUCUGCAGGGACCUCUAGUGCCUCAACAGAUGAAGACAUGGAGACAGAGGCUGUCAACGAGAUCCUGGAGGACAUUCCAGAGCACGAGGAGGACUACCUGGACUCAACUCUGGAGGACGAAGAAGUCAUUAUUGCCGAGUACUUGUCCUAUGUGGAAAGUGUAAGGUCUGCUGCAAAGAACAACUGAACAGAAAUUAGUGCUACAUUUCUGCCUAUAAAUCUGUCGUUGCGAAUGGUCGAAUGCAGCUCUUCUUUGCGUUCCUCUUGCUUUUCAACGAUUUUGCUCCGAGUAGGCUUUUUCCUCAGGUACAGGGACCCAGCAUAGUGAAGAGAGGCUUUGUUGGGAAAGACGGUCUAGAAAAGGGGAUUCCCUGGCUCUGCUGUUUCCCUUCUGCCUCCCAGUCUGCAUCUCUAACCCUGUCACUGUCAGUUUUCCAUCAGAACUGAGGAGCAGGCUUUCCAAUGGAGGCAGGGUGGUCUGCAGAGAGACGGGGACUCUGUCUCCCGUCUGCCUCUCAUUAGCCCUCCUGUCCUGCUGCUGUCCUCCUCCGCCACUGCCUCUGCUGUGCAAGCUUACCUCAGCCCUUGCUCACCCUGCCGCACCCCUUGACUCUUCAUUCCAAGCGCUGUGGGCGCAAUGAGAUACAGGCCGCAAUUCCACACCAAAUGGUGGCAGAUACCUUGAUCUUGAAAUGUCAGUGUUUGUGCUCUUAGAUCAGUAAAAAUCUGUACUUAAAAUUCAAGGUUGCAAAUCAGAGUUUCUGUAAAUUCUGGAUUCCUCAUACAAAGUGAAAGUCUCUUAUUAAAUCGAAGUUUUAAAUGCUAACCGAAACAAUUUUUUAAUUUACAUUUUUAGAUUGCUGUCAGAGAAAACUCACUGAUAGCUAGAAGACCUGAGUCUGAGAUGUGCUUUCUCAAGUCUCUUUUUGGGUUUUCUAUAGCUGGGUCACAGAACUGUUCCUAGAGGGGCCUGUCAGCCUCUGGUUGGUUCUUCCUGGGUAUGGGCCGGAUGGAUAGCCUUCUGGCACCCAGGCAUGGCAGCAGCCAGGUGUGGAAUGAGUCAAGUACCACUGUGUCCCUGAGACCCUAGGGUCUCAGUUCACCUGAAGCCUUGACUAGGCUGAACAAGUAGAAUUGUUUCUUGCUUUUUUUUUUUUUGAUUGCAUAUAUUUAUUUGGGGGGUAGGGAAAACAUGUCAUGAAGAAAACUGGGGUUCAGAAGACAACAUGUAGGGAUUUGUUCUCUUGCCACAUGUGGGUACCAAGGACUGCACUUAGGUUGUCAGGCUUGGUGGCAAGCCCUGCUCCCUGAUGAGUCAUCUCGUUGGCCCCCUUACUAUUCUUUGGAAGUGGAUGAUAUUGAUGGAAAUAAACGUGGAGAACGCAA